ACUUGUUGACAGUCAAGCAGAAUCCUCCAAACGUCAGGAAGAGUUAAUUAGAUAAUGUAUAGAAGAGAUGAGACGGGUCUUUGAAGAAGGCACUAGGGUGAUGCGAGAAACUGGGGAAAAAAGUCACAGAACACUGCAGGCUGUUUCAGAACAAGUGGUUGAGCAAGUGCGACAGCCCAGACCUGAGAUCCUUCCUCCAGUCGUUGAAAUGCCCAGACAGAUUCAGGAAGCCCCAAUCCUAGCACUCGGGGGGCAAGGGAAUCAGCCUCAUCCCAAUAUUCAACAACAGAAUUUUUUCAUUGGUGAAAGGCAAAGACAACACGAAUUGAUGGAGGCUGCUACUCAUGUUGCAGACCAUGGCCAUCAACCUCAGCAUAAGUAUAUUCUUCCAGCUAGGAAGGGAAAUGUGGGUCCUCAUUAUCAACCUUGUCCAAGGGACUUUUUCCAGCCACAAGUUCCUCCAGCCCAGCCGGGUAUCUUGAAAUUUCCAGACAAAGCGAAGGAAACCAUGGGAGUGGAUGCAGACCCUUUUCCAGCUGUGUCUGUCGGCGUGAAUGUUGCAGACCUCAGGAGUGUUGCCAAAAAUCGUAGUCUGCCUUAUGCUCGAAGGAACCUUGCUGCUGAAGACUUGAGGUGGGUGCUUGAGGCACAGAGAUCCAGACAUAGCAGGAGCGUCAGGUCAGACCAACAGAGACUCGGGGGGCAAGGAAGGAUCACUAUGACCAAGAACUUCAGUCCAGAAGGUGCCAGACGUUACUCAACUGGUACCAGAUCUCCGAGGAUGGUCAAACCGCCACUUAAGUCACCUUUUAGACAGUGGGAGAAAGUCAGUCAUCCUAAGUUUCCAGCCCAGAAUCCCAGAACCUUGAGGCGUAGACUGCAACGCAAGAGGGCUGAAAAGCGAAAAAGGCAACAGCAGCAGAUAGAGGUUGAGGGAAGUUCAUCUCGCAGACCACGCCAACCUACAAAAAGGAACAUGGUGUGGGUGAGAAAAGAGAAAAAGGAGGCUAUAACCCAGGAUCUGCUAAAGGGGAAUGACCAAUCUCCAGCCUCUCCAAAGGUGGCGUCUGUCAUUGUGAGUCCAGACGGAGUUUUGAAAGCAACUUUUGAAGCACAAGAACAGUCUAGGAAUUGUGGAGCUGAAUCAAAAGAAGAUGGCACUAUUCAUUUUGGGGAAUUCUCAGUGAAUUUGUCAUGUCUGGUGCUGACAUUACCCUUGGUUUUCCAAGCCAAGAAGGAGGAGGAACCAAUCGUCUGUGAGUUCCCAGAACAGACAGAAAAAGAGGUAAUCGUUGUUCCAGCUCAGGAUGAUGAAGAGGAGGACAUGGCUGACAAAAUUGUGUUUGAAAAACCAGAAGAAAAGAUGGCCAAACACAUUAGGCCACUUUAUAUCAAUGCUCACAUGGAUGGGACUCCAAUCAGCCGUGUCUUGGUGGAUAAUGGGGUUGCAGUCAAUGUCCUUCCAACUUGCAUGCUCUACAAAAUAGGCAAGUCUCUUGAUGAUUUAGUGCAUACUGAGGUUACCAUUGGUGAUUUUACAGGAGGGGUGAAUCGUUUAAGGGGUGUGCUACCUGUUGAAUUAACAGUGGGAAAUAGGACACUGAUGUCUGCGUUUUUUGUGGUGGAUACUGUUGCUACUUACAAUGCACUUUUGGGGCGUGACUGGAUUCAUUCAAGUUGGUGUGCCGAAAAUGGAGGAACAGUAGCGAAGAUCAUGGAGAAGAUCAUGGAGGAGUUGCCAAACAUGGAACCCCCACUACUCGAUCAUGGUGGAAGAGUGUUGAGAAACAUGGAGGAGGUUUCCUAGCACAGAAGAAAUGAAAAACAUGAGG